AUGCGGGACGCACCUGUCGGUAGAGAUCGGUGCAAGGCAACAAGAAGCACCCGAAGAAAACUACCAUGUAUAGCAUACAACAACAUGGAACGCAGCCUACCAUCGGCGGCAGCGGGAAUGAUAUCGGUUGAAGCUCACCAGACAAAGCUAAACGUCCCUGAUCGGCCCGGCUUGCCCGACUUUUUGUUCCAUUUCACCCGUCUCACUCGGUCAAUGUUGGUCUGGAUCGGCACCGUCCCAAGCGACCACUCGGGCUGCAAUCCCUCUUCUGCUGUAGAUACAUGCUUGGCCAAGGAUUGGUCGUGUGCGGUUCCACCAUCAUCAUCUUUCCCGGCAAUCGCCACUCAAUUGAAUUCCUCGAAUCCGACAGACGCAUUUAGUCAAGCUUUGGCACAGAAAAUAGCUCAAAAGUUCAAAAUACAAGCGUUUGUUUCGAUCGAUCUCCCCGCGUCGAUUCUCGGAUCUGACGCACAGAUCAAGUUCGAACUCGAGAAACAGCUCUUUGCUCAUAUUCAGUCAUUGCUGUCGACGAAGACUUGA